AUACGAUUCACGACCACGACAUCGAGUACGACGCGCACGACCGUGCGACGUUGCCGCGUCGCCAUGUUCCCGCCGCCCGAAAAAUUUGACAAGAAAUUAAUAAAACUCGUCAGAGAAAACCCCGUGCUGUACGAUAACAACCAUGUCAAAUAUAUGGACUUUAAUUCGAGGGAAGUUGCUUGGCAAAAGAUCGGUGACGAGCUGAAGCGGCCAGCUUCGGAUUGCAAAGACAGAUGGAUAAAUAUAAGAGACGUGUACCGUCGAAUCCUACGGCAGUUAACAAACAAUAAAGGCAGUCGACGGAAGCAAUACAAAUAUGAGAAAGAGAUGUCAUUCUUGAGGCCUUUCUACCGAGACAUUGUACAUAUAAGCGAAGAGGACUCGGACAGAGGCAGUGACCACAUGAAUGAUACUUGUGAAGGUCGUGAUAGCUGCGAAGAUUCAGAUGAACCGAUAAAACCAAAGCUGGAAAAAACAGAGAGAAGGCGGAAGAAAAAACGCGAAGUUAUCGAUAUGCAAGAACAAGAAUCUUCUCCAGUAUUCGCGGACACGUCAGGACCAGCUGAUUUCGAUUCAUCAGAUCCAGUUGACGCAUUUUUACUCAGCAUUGGCGCGACUUUAAGAACGUUUUCUCCUUACCAUCUGAAUGUAGCGAAAAGUAAAAUAUUUUCUAUCGUACAGGAGCAUGAUCUUCAGCAAAUUGUUCAAAAACAACGCAGCGAUACCUCGCAUGGACAUGAUAUAAAGCUAUCGUCUUCAGAUAUAUUUAUGCAAUAGUUUUUGUUGAUUAAUUGUAGUGUUACUUUUUAAUGUUAAGUUACGUACGUAUUAAGUUUUCUUAUAUUUUCUUGAAUGUAUGUAGGUGCACUAAGAUAUAUUUUGUUAUCUGUUUUAACUUUUAAGAAAUAUUGAAUUAAAAAAGUUGUUAAAAAUUCUAAACCUUCGUAAGGAUUCAUCUUAAAAAUUAUGAUUUCAUUUUGUAUUUUUUUAUCUUUACCUGCCCAUUUAUUUUUUAUUUUUACGUGCAAAAGGUACUGAUUAUAUUUGACAUUAGAUUAUUAAAAUAAAGGUUUCUGU